GCAUCAUCAAUAUCUAUAUCAAGUUCUCUAUACCUCUCUUUUACACAAUGGCUAUUCAAAAGCUUCUUCCACUUCAGUUUUUUCAACUGGUUCUCUUCCUCCUGCUCCUAGACCUAGCUAAUUCCCAAGUAUUACAAGUUGGUGUACAGGUUGGCUUGGGCAUAACUACUUCUCAAGGGUUACAACUCGGAUUCUAUGGCCAGACAUGUCCGAAUGCAGAGAAAACUAUCCAUGAUAUGGUUCAACAAUUCAUUGACAAGGAUCCGACACUUGCUGCUCCUUUACUAAGAAUGCAUUUUCAUGACUGUUUUGUUAGGGGAUGUGAUGGUUCUGUGCUACUGAAUUCUACAAACACUAAUCAAGCUGAGAAAGAUGCAGUCCCAAACCAAACCUUACGAGGUUUCAAUGUUAUUGAUACUAUAAAAUCUGCAAUAGAAAAGGAUUGUCCUGGUGUUGUUUCUUGUGCUGAUAUUUUGGCUUUGGUAGCUCGAGAUUCAGUUGCUAUGGUUGGCGGACCAUCUUGGGUUGUUCGCACGGGACGUAAAGAUGGAAGAAUCUCUAGUGCUUCAGAGGCUUCAGCACAGUUACCAUCUCCUUUCGCCAGUAUAAAUCAACUGAAGCAAAACUUUGCUGCAAAGGGUUUAAGUGUAAAGGAUCUAGUGGUUCUAUCAGGAGGACACACCAUUGGAAUUGGCCAUUGCUUUGUAAUCGCAAAUCGUUUGUACAAUUUCAGUGGGAGAGGCGACACAGACCCAUCAUUGGACCCAGCAUAUGCAGCCCAAUUGAAGACGAAAUGUAAGCCUGGAGACACCACCACAGUCGUAGAUAUGGACCCUGGAAGCCCCAAAUUAUUCGAUGACGAUUACUACACAGUUGUUGCUAGAAGGAGAGGGCUCUUCCAAUCUGAUGCAGCUCUUCUCAACGAUAUCCAAACAAGAGCUUAUGUCACAUUGCAAGCUGCAACCAAUGGAGUCACUUUCGCUCGAGAUUUUGGUGCGUCAAUGGUGAAACUAGGCAACGUUGGAGUCCUCACUGGCAGCCAAGGUGAAAUCAGGAAACAGUGUGCCCUAGUAAAUUAAGUGAUUGAUUUUCUUUCUCUUAUUAUUUGGCAUUGAUUAAUGUGUUAGUGUGAACUUCUUAAUUCGUAUUGAUUUUCUUCAUUUUUAAGAAUCGGCUGCCAAGUAUUUGUGAUUUGUAAUUUUUGGUUGUUUCCUUUAUGUAUUGUCUGGAAA